AUGCAGAGACGAUCGUGGACAUCGUUGAGUCCCGAAGACAAGGCGAAAUAUAUCAGAGCCGAUCAAUGCUUGAUGAAUACUCCUCCGCAAUAUGGCAUUCCUGGAGCGAAGAGUAUUUGGGAGGAAUUACAGUAUGCUCAUAUUAGGAAUAUGAAUUGGAUACAUGGCGUUAGUCAAUUUUUAUUUUGGCAUAGGUAUUAUGUUACGACGUAUGAGAGGUUGAUGAAUCGGCACUGUGAUUGGCAGGGUGGAGUACCAUACUGGCAGAUAUCCGUCGAUGCGGAUAGUAUCCUCUCAUCACCCGUCUGGGACGCGAACCUUGGAGUGGGAGGGAAUGGAGCGGGUGGGAAUGGCUGCAUUCAAGAUGGACCUUUUCGAAACCUUACGCUGCAUUUUACUCAAGAUGGGAAUGUUGGACCACCAUAUUGUUUGACGAGAUCGAUCAAUGCCGAGACUUUUCGAGGUUCGGCGCAGAGGUUUGUGGAUGAGUGUGUUGCGAGUCCGACUUUUGCAGAGGCGCAUGUGUGUUAUGAGGGGUUUGUGCAUGCUUCGGCACAUGAUGGGACGGGMGGUGUUAUGGCGAAUGCUUUGACAGCUCCGGGAGAUCCCAUCUUUUUCCUCCAUCAUACCAACCUGGACCGACUAUUCUGGGCAUGGCAGCAACGCAACGCAACCCGUCUUCAAGAUGUCAGUGGUGCGAAUACGCCGUCCGAGGCAUUCAAUCGAGGAAAUGGCUGGACGCCUCCCGGUCCGGAGUUCACACAGUACUCGGGCGAUAAUGGGCCUUGGACGACGCUGGGACAUGUUUUGUGGGUCUGUGGGAUUAUGCCGAAUGUCACCAUUGCCGAAGUCAUGGAUCUUCACGGGCCGACUGUUUGCGCGGAGUAUGUUUAG